AACCUGAACUAAAAACUUCAUUAAUGCUUUCAUCUAUAAAAAGGCAUUGCCACACAAAGUGGAAUUCACAAAAUCAUAAACUUUUAGAGAGAAAAGUAUUAAAACUUGAAGUAGUUGAAAUAUGGCUGGUGAGAAGGAAACAAUUAAAGUUGUAAGUGAUAAGUAUAGGCUAUUCUUGCAUGAAGAUCAAGCUGCUGCUGCAGGAACCAUCCAGUGGAGACAUGGUGAUCCUCCAAGCUAUGAAAGUGUUAAUAAGCUCUUUGAACAAGGAAGGACCAAGGUUUGGCCAGAAGGAUCUCUUGAAGAAACAGUACAAAAUGCUAUAAAAUCAUGGGAAAUGGAACUUUCACACAAGACUCGCAUAAAAGACUUUAGGACAAUUAAUCCUGAAAAAUUCAAGCUCUUUGUAAAUGGAAGAGAUGGAUUGUCAGCCGAAGAGACAUUAAAAGUGGGAAGCUACAAUGCGCUAUUGAAGAGUUCAAUGCCAGAUGAAUUCAAAUAUUACAAAGCAGAUAAAGAGACCUUUGAAUCAUCUCACAAUGCUUUUAGAUCAGCUUUUCCAAGAGGAUUUGCUUGGGAAGUGAUCAAUGUAUAUACAGGGCCACCAGUUGUUACAUACAAAUUUAGGCAUUGGGGUUUCUUUGAAGGUCCAUUUAAAGGACAUGCCCCUACUGGCCAGAUGGUCCAAUUCUAUGGCCUUGGUAUAUUGAAGGUUGAUGAAUCACUAAGAGCAGAGGAUGUAGAGGUAUACUAUGAUCCAACAGAACUUUUUGGUGAACUACUCAAAGGACCAACAAUUUCUGAAUCUAAUGUUGAGCACCACUAGGCAUUGUUGCUCAUACAACUACAAAUAAUUAUUAUGUCAAACUUUGGUAUUGUUCAAAUAAUCAUGUUUUAAUAAUUUUAUGAAGCUUUCUCGGUUUGGAUUGCACAACAUUACAAUA